AUAAGUAUACGAAAUUUAUUUUGCAUGAUAGGAAACAAAGACAGAAAUAACUAUUAAUGUCAUAAUCGUCUAAAAUCUGCUUCCCCCUGAAGGAUUUUACCUGUAAGAACCUAGAAGUGAUUAGCCGUAAGGCAAUAAAUUUGGAGACACAGUUCUGGAUAAACUAUGCUUGGCUAGGCCUAUAAACGACAUACAAAUCGGGUUAACUCAGGACAAAAGGAAGAAUAUUGGACGAAGUUGUGGAUAUUUACUCCCAAAAUAUUAUAUAAAGUGUGUUUAAUUUUCUUUUUUUAAAUGGAAACAUGAUUAGUACGUAAUCAGGGUUGAAUGCAGAUCACUAAAGGACCAUCUAAAGACCAUCAUGAUGUUAUGUUAAAGUAAUACAAUGAAGAAUGAAAAGAUUCAGUCCAAGCGGUCAACAUUAUCCUGAUCCGUCCAAACCUCCGGAAAAUUACGCUCCGGACGAACCAAUUUAUGGAAAUGCAGAAGAUGGAUGCAAAAAAGUUAAGACGACACAGUCAUUUGAAUCGCUGUUCGAUAAUGAAACACUCAGUGACAUCAUUAUCGACAUCAACGAUGGUCAGUUUGUUUUCAAUGGACAUAAGAUGAUUAUAAGCAUGAAGAGUGCUGUCCUCGCUUCAAUGCUAAAUGACACAACUUUGAGUGAGGAUCGUGAAAUAUUGCAUUUACAAGAGCUGCCUGAAUGUAGUCAGGUGUUCAGUCGAUUUUUGUUUUUUAUUUACAGUGGUGCAGUUUGGUUGCAUCGGGAAUAUGUGCUAGAACUUCAUAAGCUUGCUGAAAAAUACAUGGUCAAAGCCUUAUCGCAGCACUGCGAGAGUUACAUUUUGCAAAUAAUGCAUAAAACGUUAGUGGAAUAUGAUAGUUCAAGAGGGUUUCCGAUAGAUGUGAUAUGUGAUAUAUAUGAGUCUGAUUCUUUCUGUGGAGAUAUACAUACGCUAUCAUUUCAAAUUCUUUGUGCCAAGUAUAAGGAACUUGUGACGAGCGAAAGAUGGCAGAAAUGCAGCUCUCAUCUAGUUUGUGAUCUUAUGAAAAGUGAUAACUGUCGUGCAGAAGAAAACAUUAUUCUGACUUCUGCUACAGACUGGAUGAAAAAGAACAGCAUAAGUGAAAAAAAUCUCAUAGAGGAUAUUCUAGUCAAUAUUCGAUAUCCUUUUCUUCAUCGGCGGGUACUAUAUCAUUUACAAAAGAAUGAAGCUUUCAAAAACUUCCCACAAGUCCAAAAGGAUUUAGACACUGCCAUAAAAUACCAUUGCUUCAAAGAAUUACCGGAAGCAAAGAACGAUUUUGUUGGAAUACAAUACAAACCAAGACAUUAUCAAAGUGUGUCUUAUAGUGCUACAAAUAAUUGCUCAAAUAUGUCAAAAAGAAACUCGUUAAAUAUGCCAAACUGUGUUCAAAAUAAUCAUGUGACUUUCAUUCAAAAUGAUUUGGUUCGUUCAACUGUUCAUUCUGUUAGUCCAUCAAAUUUUACCCAGACUAUUACAUCUGAUAACAGUGCAAAUGAAAAUGGAGAAAACACGAUACUUUACAGAACAAAUGACACUGGAAUCAAUUUAACUGACACUAUACCCUGGCGACCACCGCGGUUUAAUGGAACAUUUAAUGGCAAUAGUAGUCCGGGUGUUCGGAACACCCCGCAGUGACUAUAUAUGAUGGUAAAAUGUCUUUUUUGUUGUUGUUUUCAAAUUAAAAAGGAAAAUUUAAUAUAAAAAAUGCCUUUUGAAAAUUAU